AGCUCAGAGGCAUGACAGAAAGCCAGGUUUUGAGGAGCAGAGAGGACUUAUUGUGUUACAUGAGCAGCAAAAACUCUUUUCAAGAGAUAAAGUCUGUAAAAUGCAUUAGUAUCUUCGGAAGGCCCAUGCAGUAAUUAGCUGUAUGUGUCUCCAUUUCUGGAAUGAUGGCUCUGGAGACUGCAAUUGAAACGAGAAUUAAACAGCAUGUACUGGGCAAAUCUGAUAAGACACCACUUCCUCCUUGGAGAGGUGAAAAGAAAACGGUAGCACUUUCGCGCGCAUAGUUCAGAAUUUGGCAUCAACAGUGCUGGCAGCUGCAAACACGGAAUUCUGAACUCUCUGCACCUGAAAGCUAUCGCAGAAGAGUGCUGAUAAAUGAUUGUGCAGUGUAAUGAUGGCUUCCAACAAUAGUUUAUGUGUUGGGGUCAGCAACUCUACAAACAAUAAUCAAACAGAUUUCAACAAAGAAAAGCUCUACACUUACUUCUAUCUGUUCAUCUUCAUCCCAGGCUUGCUAGGAAACAGCCUUGCUCUCUGGGUUCUGUGUCGCUUUAUAAGCAAGAAGACCAAAGCCAUCAUCUUUAUGAUCAACCUGGCCAUCGCUGACCUGGCCCACGUCCUGUCCCUGCCAUUACGCAUCUACUACUACAUCACUCACACCUGGCCAUUCGGAAAGGGACUGUGCUUGCUCUGUUUCUACCUAAAAUAUCUUAACAUGUAUGCUAGCAUUGCCUUCCUGGUCUGCAUCAGUAUACAACGCUGUGCCUUCCUAAUGCGGCCAUUUUGUGCCAGAGAGUGGAAGCGAGUCUAUGAUGUUCGCAUCAGCAUAGCUGUGUGGGUGGUGGUUGGAUUAUGCUGCUCUCCCUUUAUUUUGAUGAGAAGCACCAACGCAGAGCAAAAUGACACCUGCUUCAAGGACUUGCCAAUGAGAAAGCUGAACAUGGGAACUGCAGUGGCCAUAAUGUCCUUUGGUGAGCUCCUAGGCUUUGUGGUUCCACUGACCAUCAUCAUCUUAUGCUCUUAUUUAAUUAUUCGUUCUUUAAAACAGAGCUUGAGACCUGGCGUCUCAGUCAACGAAAAGAGAAGAGCUUUGCGCAUGGUCUUAGUAUGUACUGGCGUGUUCCUUUUUUGUUUCGGACCCUACCACGUUAACUUCAUGCUGUACAUGAUGGUUUCACAGAAAAUUAUCACCCAGUGUUAUGUGACGCACAUAGUUAAAGAAUUCCAUCCAAUCUCACUGUGCAUCGCCAGUCUCAACUGCUGCCUGAAUCCACUCAUAUACUACUUCUUGACAACAGAGUUCCGCCAGCAGCUCAGUCGGCAGGGCAGCUCUAUAUUAAGAGGGCGGCUAAUGAGUAUGGAGAGCACGUCCUCCUACAGAGAAACACUUCCCUGAUAAUGGAGAGCACCUCUCUAUAUAGAGAAGAACUUCGUUCUUGUAUAGAAAAUGAGCAUCCGUAGAAAUCUUCAUAUUCAUGUUUGCAUUAGUAUCCUGAACUGUGAACUCUUGAACUGUGAAUUUCUUGAAGGUCUAUUUCUGCUUGAACUGGAGAAAGCUGCAGCCUGGCCAUGAAUAUGAAGAAAGCUUAAUGAGCUGGAUUUGCCCCAAUGUAUAAUAAACAUUAAUUCAUGUGAAAUACUUUGCAUUAAAUAGUCUCAGAGGACUGCUAAUCUUAAGUCCUGUUUCUAGUGCAUUUUAGGUUCAACCUGUCAGGUGUAAACCCUUAUUGUGAUGUUGAGGGCAAAAAAUAUAGCUUGUUUGGCAAAAAAACAAACAAAACAAAAAAAAAAUCACUGCGAUUAAAUGCAACACAAAAUAAAUUGAUUAGAAGUGAUCAAUAAAAUUCAUCACUUCACAGGUAACAACUUUAAAGAAAAACUGUGAAAAAAUUAUUGUCCUAUAUUGACUGUUUAGCUGCUGAAAAACAGGUAUAGACUCCUGUACAAAAAAAUAUAUAAAUAAACAUAAUGUCUUGCACAAGAACCAUGUAAGAUCAAAUUGGUUGUAUGCAGUUGUAUGAAGUUGAAGACAUCUAAAUCACAAAUCAUUGUUGUCAGAUGAAUUUGAUUCAUUAUGUAUUGAUGCAUGGCCUUAUUUUUCAUAUUCCAAAAGAUUGCCUGCUUUAAAAGGACUGAAAGAUGUAACUUUGUUAGCAAACCUGGGAAAAGGUGUUCUGAAUAUUGCACUAAAUCAAGCAUGCUGUAAAUAAGAACUUAUAGAAUGUAUACUUGCUUCAAAUAUGACAAACCUAAAUAAAUAUAUAUUGUGUCAUAACAUCACUGACAGUAAUGAACUGAAAGAGAAACGUUUGACCUGGACAGUGCAUUUUGUGUUUUUCUUGUGUGUUCUUAAUAUUAGAAAAGUGAAAAUUUGAGUGGAAAUGGUUGCUAUAGCAUCAGUGUUAUGGGGAGGUGUAAAUCAAGUUGUGCAUGGCACAUGGUGCAUGGUCCUGUUUGGAAUUGUUUAUCUGAUAAUAUGUAGUGUAUCAACAUACAAUGUACAUUUGAUAAAUACUCUAAUUGCUCAGGUUUUUUAUUUAGACUCAUGUAAGUUUAAAAUAUUAUUUAGAUUUUCUGAAUGUGUUUUCCAUCAACUUGCGUUAAAAAGUGAGAUAUUACCGAUCAUUGGUGUGACUCACGCUUCCGUUUUGUGUACAUGUACACUGUAACGUGUACACAUAGGGGAAAUGUGUGGGCAAGUCAUGCAAAUUGCUAAAAUGUGCCAUAUUUCACGUCAAACUGUGUAGAGAUAUCAGGCAGAAAGACUGAUUGCAUAAAGUAAAUACUGUAGCUGAACAUGAGCCAAAAUUUGGUUUACAGUUAAACUGUCAUUUCACAAGCAUGAUCUCUCUCUCUCUCUCUCUCUCUCUCUCUCUCUCCUUUCUUUCUUAGAGACGCGCACACACACACACACACACACACACACACACACACACACACACACACACACA